UAUCCGAAAAAAGCAAUUGUAUAUCGAACAAGAAAAACUCAAAUGUAUCCCAGCGGAAGAAGAAAGGUUUGUUCGAGUCCUUACACUCCGCACGGUAUCAGCCAAUCGUCUCUCGAGCAGCGGUUUGACUGAUUCCCCUGGAAAUUAUCAAAACAAAAACGCAGCACAACGAAAAACUUCUGGUAAAUCAACACUUGCUAUCAUUGCACUUGCUCCAUUCGUUUCAGUUGAUUAUCAGCUCUUGAGGACACAGGACGCAGGUCGUUGUCUGUGUUUGAUAUUGUAGAAAUUUUCAACAAGAGUUUCUGAUAUACUUUAUAUAACUGCUGAAGCUUACACUAUCUUUUCCCGGGUCUAUGUGUUGUGAAUAGAUGUUGUAAAAGGAGAGUGAUUCGAACAAGCUGCGUUCCAAGUUAACUGGUGUAUACAUUGUUUUAUGCUGAUUUUGUGCUGGUUUUUAUCCAGUGUGAAAGUGAGUCUAGUCAUCUAACCGGCAAUAGUUUAUAUUUAAUGAAGCAGUUAUUGUGGUCAUCGCUUUAUGCUACUAAAAAGUUGAUCAUAGCUGAAAAUCUCUAGAAUAUCGUUGUGACUAGGAUAUCUAAGAUGCGUACACAAAGUGUAGAGUGCGAAUGAGUGGAAGCGAAGAGGCGGGAAGUCAACCCUGAAGUGCUGUCGGGAUUGGAAGGCCACGUCUAGGGAAAGUGUAGUAUUACAUUCUCCGGGCCGCGCUUCGGAAAACACUAACAUUAUUGAAACAGCGUUUUUUCACGUGCUGGAUAACUAGGCUUCCAGUGCUGCUACGCUUGGAAUCAACAGUCCAUGAGUUUGGCAAUUGGUGUGUGGAUUAACCGGAAGUGAGACUGAAAAUAAACAUUUUAUUUGUUAUUUGCGAAAAGUGAUAAUCAACAAAACCGCCCAUGCCUGCGAGAAAGGGGCUACUGGCGCCCCAAAACACGUUUCUGGACACAAUCGCGACUCGUUUCGACGGAACACAUUCUAACUUUGUUCUCGGUAACGCACAAGUCAGUGGGUAUCCCAUAGUGUACUGCAGUGAUGGCUUUGUCGAGCUGUCUGGGUUUUCUCGUGCUCAAAUCAUGCAGAAAGGUUGUGCUUGUCGGUUCCUCUAUGGCCCGGAAACGAAGGAAGAACACAAAAGCCAAAUUGAAAGCAGCCUUGAUGGGAAAAACGAGUUAAAGUUGGAGGUGAUAUUCUAUAAAAAGAAUGGUACGCCGUUUUGGUGUUUGCUUGACAUAGUGCCAAUUAAGAAUGAGAAACGAGAAGUGGUAUUAUUUCUCGCUUCCCAUAAAGAUGUAACCACCGCUAAAAUGUCGGAGAUGUCGGUGUCGGAUGAAUGCGAUAGUGACGAUGGGGCUGAGGAUGAGAAUUUGGAAAUACCUUCGGGUGUAAAUAUGGGUCGAAGGCGUUCGCGGGCGGUGCUGUAUCAACUUUCUGGCCAUUAUAAGCCUGAAAAAAUGAAGACUAAAAUUAAGCUCAAUAGUAAUAUAUUGCAUUCUAGUGAAGCUCCAUUACCUGAGUACAAGACACAAGCCUUAAAGAAAUCACGUUUUAUUCUAUCGCACUAUGGAAUGUUUCGAGGUUGUUGGGAUUGGUUAAUUUUAGUUGCCACAUUCUACGUUGCCGUCGCUGUACCUUACAAUGCUGCCUUCGUUAAAGCAGACCGCUUAACAAUGGCAUCCGAUGUCAUCGUUGAAGCAUUAUUUAUUGUUGAUAUUCUAGUGAACUUUCGCACAACAUAUGUUUCCCGUAAGGGCGAGGUUGUAUCAAAUUCUAAAAGUAUAGCGGUUAAUUAUCUCAAAGGUUGGUUCGUGGUUGAUUUGCUAGCUGCUCUGCCAUUCGAUCAUCUUUAUGCUAGCAAUGUGAUUAGCGGAGAGGAAUCUCACAUUCAUUUAGUCAAAUUAACACGAUUGUUACGACUGGCACGAUUGCUUCAAAAGAUGGAUAGAUAUUCGCAAUACACAGCUAUGAUUUUAACGUUGUUGAUGCUAUGCUUCUCUUUAGUUGCACACUGGCUAGCUUGCAUUUGGUAUGUGAUAGCAGAAAAAGAAAGGCUCGUUAAUGAUGUAGACUGGGACAUCGGAUGGAUCCACACAUUAGCUGAGCGUUUGAAGAUCCCUGUGACGAAUGUAUCUCACAGUGAAGCGUAUAUAACUGCGUUAUACUUCACCUUCACCAGUCUGACUUCUGUUGGUUUCGGCAAUGUGUCACCUACUACAAUAAGCGAGAAAAUAUUCAGUGUAAUCAUGAUGUUGAUUGGAGCACUGAUGCAUGCAGUGGUGUUCGGAAACGUUACGGCUAUUAUCCAAAGGAUGUAUUCACGUCGGUCCCUCUACCAGAGUAAAUGGCGCGAUUUAAAAGAUUUCAUUGUAUUGCACCAAAUGCCAAAAGAACUGAAACAGCGAAUGCAAGAUUAUUUCCAAACAAUGUGGUCGUUAAAUCAUGGCAUUGACAUAUAUGAGAUUCUAAAAGAAUUUCCAGAAGAGUUAAGGGGAGAUAUAUCGAUGCACUUGCAUCGAGAGAUCUUGCAGUUGCCGAUUUUCGAAUCGGCGUCACAGGGUUGUUUAAAACUUUUAUCUCUACAUAUCAAAGCGAAUUUUUGUGCUCCAGGCGAGUAUUUAAUCCACAAAGGCGAUGCACUGAGCUAUAUAUUCUACAUUUGCAACGGAUCCAUGGAGGUCAUGCAGAACAAUAUGGUUGUUGCUAUUUUAGGAAAAGGUGAUUUAGUUGGUUGUGAUAUAAGUUUACACUUACUACAUGGAAGUCAGAGCAAUUCCGGUAAUCAGGGCUCACAGGAUGUUAUUGUAAAAAGUAGUGGAGAUGUGAAAGCUCUCACUUAUUGUGAUUUAAAAAGCAUACAUAUGAACGGCCUGGUAGAUGUGUUGCGUCUCUAUCCCGAAUAUCAGCAAGAGUUUGCAAACGACAUUCAGCAUGACCUCACGUAUAACCUACGCGAGGGAUACGAAGCGGAGGAAGAAACAGAAAACAACGGACCCUGUCUCGCGUUACCGUCCAUUAGCGAGGAUGAUGAAAAUCAAUCCGAUAUUGAAUCCAGCACUACAUCCCCUCUGAACACUUCGCUGUCGAAAUCUCCCGCACACAACGCCGCUGCUAGUCCCCGACAUGGAAAGUUGGUACACAGCCGCAAUAAAGCACUUGUAGCGUUGAGAGAACGCGUUGAACGUCAACGUUCGGUGCAGGCAGCAGCUGCAAACCCAGUGUCUGAAAGUAAUAACUCUCUAGAAGGACUGAAUCUUGAACUGAAAAAUUACGAUAAUAAGCGAUUGGACACUCAAGUGACUUCGUUACACAAUGAUGUAGCUGCGCUGAGUAUGGAGGUUCGAAAUGCAAUUCAAGCCCUGCAGGAAAUGACCUACUCCACAAUCAACUCCCAGUUCGAUUUGGGGCAUUUCGCUCCGGCCAGAUCAAUACCUAAUCUACAGAAUGGCACUGUUGGUGUAGUACGAGAGAGCGAUGUUACCAUGGCUCGAAGCAGUUCACAUCCUCCCGAAAUGUGGUGUCGUGAAAUGAGUGCAAUUGAGGAGACAAUGCCUAGCCCAAAUGGAACCGAGCCGUUCUCAGAGUAUAUGUAUCGACGAAAGUCAAUGCUGUCCCAAAAGUAUUCUGAGGAGUUAUCAUGUUCGACACAGACUGACAAUGUGAUUGAUUUCGAAACGCUAGAAAAGGUAGUCAUGGCACACCCGCAUCUAGUUCUGAAAAUUCUUGGUGUUGAUACCGUGUUUAACAAUGAGUGUGGCAUGAAACUGUAUUCGUUGAAUACAAUAUCGGAAGCGGCUAGUUCCGGUGAAAUUCAAUCAACAAUAUUAGAAGGAGACAAUCAUUACAGUAUAUUAAACACUAAUGGCUUAAGUUAUACGGAAAACCACCGAAAGGAAUAUCCACCAAUUAGUCAUAACACCAGUGAUUUUUACACUAUCGCAAAUCCCAACAUGAACAACAACAUAUCCUCGUUCCCAUCGCUACAACAAGAAGCGGUAUCGCUGUUGGUUGAUGAUGUCGACGAAACGAACAUUCUGGAUGAUUCUAGCUGUUCUAUACUGAUGGACGAGGAUGCAAACAUCUUGAAGCAAUCAACCGGUAAUCACAUUCUGCGGAGGCAGGAGCGAGUGCCUGUCAAAAAUCGUUUCUCAGCAGGUGACGUUGAUAACAUCGACAAAGGUUUAAAAAAUAUUCCAUCCUCACGUUCGCUGGGCGGAAGCUGAGAAAAUAUCACAUAUGUCUCUUGCAAAGAGUUUUACAGCUAAGCCAAAUGGUUGAUGUUUUAAGAAUAAGUUGUUCUACAGUAGAUGACUAUUUAGGAAUACUUCUAUUAAACAAUAAAGU